UCUAUUUUACGUCGUCACAGUUGCAGGAAGUGCACACUCAACCUUCCCUAACACAAUGAUAUUCCCAACAUUCCAAUCUCCAAAAACUCCAAUCAAUCACAAAAGCAUAACUAGAUCGCUUGCUUUCUUCUCCGACCAUAGCCCUUCUCAACUACACCACCACAACCAACAACAAGAACAAGAACCAAAACAUGAACACAGAGAACAACAACAAGAGGAGAGCAUAACCAACAGACCCUACUGGACUAGAGAGAUCCACAGGCUUUGCUCCAUCAACCGCGAUGUCGACGAAGCCAUUCGCCUUCUUGACCAUCUUCGCCUUCGCGGCUACUGCCCGGACUCUCUCAAUCUCAGCACCAUAAUUCACGCCCUCUGUCACUCCAAUCGCUUCUCCGAAGCUCACCAUCGCUUCGUCCUCUACAUUGCUUCUUGUUGCAUCCCCGACGAGCGAACCUGCAAUGUUGUCAUAGCUUGCUUGCUCAAUUCACGAACCCCACAUACCACAUUGCAUGUUAUUCGUAAUUUGAUCGAAGCAAAGCCCGAAUUCGUGCCUUCCUUGAUCAAUUACAACCGCUUGAUCGAUCAGCUUUGCUCGUUUUCGCGGCCUGCUGAAGCUCACCGAUUGUUCUUUGAUAUGAAGAGUAGGGGGCAUUGUCCCAAUACUGUUUCCUACACUACUCUCAUCAAUGGGUACCGUAAAAUUGGCGAAAUGAGUAUUGCUCAGAAACUGUUCGACGAAAUGUAUGAGAGUGGAGUGCCACCUAACUCGCUCACGUAUACCGUCUUGAUUCGUGGAUUUUUUCGGAAUCGGGAUAUUGAACAGGGGAGAAAACUGAUGGACAAGAUUUGGCAGAAAAUGUUAGAUGAAGAUGACCCAUCAGUGAACAAUGCGGCUUUUGCUAAUCUGGUUGACUCUCUGUGUCGGGAAGGGUUCUUUCAUGAGGUGUUUGUGAUUGCAGAAGAUAUUCCUCAAAGGAAGUGUGUUUCAGUUGAUUUUGCUUAUGCCCAGAUGAUAGAUUCACUUUGUAGAGCUGGAAGGCAUCAUGGGGCUGCAAGGAUUGUUUAUAUAAUGAGGAAGAGAGGGUUUAUCCCAAGCUUGGUAUCAUAUAAUUUGAUUGUUCAUGGGCUUAGUAAGGAGGGUGGUUGUAUAAGGGCUUAUCAAUUGUUGGAACAAGGAAUUGAAUUCGGGUACUUGCCCUCAGAACAUACAUACAAAGUUUUGAUAGAGGGUCUUUGUCGAGAAUCUGACCUUGACAAAGCCAGGGAACUUCUUCAAAGAAUGUUGAAUAAGGUUGGUUCGGACAGUACUAGAAUUUACAAUAUAUAUUUAAGAGCACUUUGUCUUAUGAGUAACCCAACGGAGCUUCUAAAUGUACUUGUUUCCAUGCUCCAAAAACAAUGCCAGCCUGAUGUAAUUACCCUCAACACAGUUAUAAACGGGUUUUGCAAGAUGGGGAGAAUUGAAGAGCCUUUAAAAAUACUACACGAUAUGAUGAUGGGCAAGUUUUGUGCACCUGAUGCUGUGACCUUCACUACUGUUAUCUGUGGUUUGUUGAACAUUGGAAGAAUCGAAGAAGCUCUUGAUCUGUUGCAUAAAGUUAUGCCUGAAAAUGGAUUCAGCCCGGGUGUUGUGACUUAUAAUGCAGUUCUUCGUGGGUUGUUUAAAUCAUAUAGGGUAACCGAGGCAAUGGAGGUUUUCAAAACAAUGGUGGGUGCUAAUGUGGUCGCUGACAGUACCACCUACACUAUUAUAAUUGAUGGAUUAUGCAACUCUGACCAAGUAGAUGAGGCUAAGAGGUUUUGGGAUGAUGUGAUUUGGCCAUCAAAGACUCAUGAUAGUUUUGUCUACGCUGCCAUUCUUAAAGGGCUUUGUCGGUUAGGUAAAUUGGGCGAGGCUUGUGAUUUCCUAUACGAAUUGGUAGAUUGUGGAGUUACUCCAAAUAUUGUAAAUUAUAACCUUCUGAUAGACAGGUAUUGCAAGUUAGGCUUGAAGAAAGACGCAUACGAGAUAUUGGGGGAAAUGAGAAAGAAUGGUCUCACCCCUGAUGCUGUAACGUGGAGGAUUCUUGACAAAUUACAUGGCAAUACGAGGAAGCAAAUUUGUGCAGAGGAUUCAACUUUGCAAUCCAUAUAGGGUUUACUGGACUUGUACAAGUAAGGCUUUGCAUGAGGGAAGCAAACCUGGAAAGAUCAUCAUCAAGGAAGAAGUGUAAAGGGUCCUUUUUUGAGGAAUCAUGAACCACAAAAGUGUAUCUCUUAACCCUAGCUCAUGUCCCUUUCUUUUGAACUCCUAGUCCUGUUCGAAUAAAGUAAGUGUUGGGAAACAUGCAAGUUUUUAAAAACCUUUUGAGAGAUUUUCAUACAUAGAUCUUGAUUCAGCACAUAGAGACAAGUUUUAUAAAAAUAAAUAAAUA